GCCCAGCCGGGGAGGCUCCCGGCCAGACGCCCGGAGCAUGCGAGUCACGCUGGCUGUGACUGCCUGGCUGGUCUCCCUCGUCUCCAGCUCUCCUUAUUCAGCAAGUACUUUGCCAGACAUCGACAAUGAAGAUUUCAUCAAAGACUGUGUUCAAAUUCACAACAAGUUCCGAUCAGGAGUGAAUCCAGCGGCCAGUGAUAUGCUCUACAUGACUUGGGACCCAGGCCUAGCCCAAGUUGCAAAAGCCUGGGCAAGAAAUUGUCAGUUUGCUCAUAACGGACGGCUGAAGCCACCCCACAAGCUGCACCCAAAUUUCACUUCCUUGGGAGAAAACCUCUGGACAGGGUCUCUCUCCAUCUUUUCUGUGUCUGCAGCCAUCACCGACUGGUACAACGAAGUUCAGGACUAUGACUUCCAGACUCGGAAAUGUGGCAAGGUCUGCGGCCAUUACACCCAGGUUGUUUGGGCAGAUAGUUUCAAGGUUGGCUGCGCAGUGCAAUUUUGUCCUCGAGUUUCUGGCUUUGAAGGUUUUCAAGGUUUAGCACAUUUUAUAUGCAACUACGGACCAGCAGGAAAUUACCCCACCUGGCCAUACAAAAAAGGGUCCACUUGUAGCGCCUGCCCCAGUAAUGACAAGUGUCUGGACAACCUCUGCGCUAACCCACAGCGAGAUAAAGUCACACGUUACUAUUCUGUUGUGUUUCCAGAUUGGCCGAUAUAUCCACGUAACAGACACCUGUCUCUCUUUCUCGUUAUUAGUCCACCAAUCAUUUUACUGACUGUUAUAAUUAUCAUUUUGGUCAAGUACAAAUACCCUCAUUUAGUUCCUUUCCAUUAAAAAAAAAAAAAAGAAAAAAAAAGAAAAAAGAAAAA